ACCAUUUGAAACCACAGAUCAGGCUCUCUCUUCUGGACAGAAAGGAAACCUGAAGAUAGCUUGCGAUAACCUGAAAAUAGCUCUCUCUUAAACCCCUUCACUUCUCCGAUUCUUUUUCAAUCAAGAUUGAUUUAUCUCCCCUCUCUCCGCAAACCCAGUAAAAAUGUUCACAGAAGGUUUGGAUGAAAGCGCAAUAAACUGGAUCAAGCAGGGAUCAAAUGCCGAACAAGUUAAAUCUCCUUUAGCAGAGAAGUUUGGAUCGAAUUCAUUUCCCAAAUCUCCUUUGGUUUGCAAUAGCCCCAGUUGCGUGUCUUCCCCUGUUUUGCCUCCACUGAAGUUCCAUUCCGGGCUGUUGGGAUCCCACAGCAUUGUAGCUCCCAUCCUGGAUGCUGAUGAUGAUGAUGGCACUGAUGACAAUGACGAGAGCGUGGCUUCAGCUCCGGAUGCUCUGGAUGGAAAUUGCUCUGAUCUUUUAGAGGAUGAAAGUUCAGAACAUAAUUAUACUGAUUUUUCGGGGAAGCCAUCUGUAUGGUGUUGCAAUGAAGAAAUACUUGACUUAAAAACCAGCCCAAAGCUGAAUCAAAAUACUAUCACCAGAUCAAAUGGCUGCCGUGGAUCUUCCAUUAUUAGAGGGUUGUCAAAGGAGAAUAUCAGUAUUGAUAUACCAGUUAAGUUCGAAAGACGUAAUGAUGGUGAGUUGCGUUCCAUGGGAUGUGCACAACGAAACUUAACCCCAGGUGGCAGCUGUCAGCCUCACCGACAAGUUCUUGAAUGCAAUGAAAGUGGCAUUCCAAAUCAUGAAAGAUCACUGAAAGAUGUAGCGGACUUGGGAACUCCCAGUGCACCUCCCAUUAUUGAUUCUGAAAGAGAAGGAUAUAGACUAGAAGUUGAUGGUAGACAAACAAGACCUUCUGAGGUUUUGCCAGAAACUGAGACUGGCAAAGCUAGUUGCGCAUCAGGGCAGUUGGAGGGUUUUUCCAACAGUAAAGAAUCUUCAUCAGAUUGGAGAACACAAUCUUGCAAAAGCAGCGAACUGGGCGAAAGUCAACGGAAAACAUUAUUAGGAGAAUCAGAUGCACAGAUACCUUUUCGGCAAGCCAACACUAUGGAUAAUUCGCCAUAUUAUGAUGCUAGCGAUCAAUUUGCCUGGCAAACUUUGAUAGCUUAUGAUGCUUGCAUUCGUCUAUGCCUACAUGCAUGGGCAACAGGCUGCACAGAGGCCCCUGAGUUUCUACAUGAUGAGUGCUUUGUUCUCCGCAAUGCAUUUGGACUGCACAAGUUUUUGCUCCAACCACGUGGAGUGCAACCAAUGGAAGGGCGGACUGCCAAGUGCAUGGAACAGAUACGCUCUUCGAAGGGAAAGAACAUAGUCGGAAAUAUAAGAGUGGAAGUGAAGAAGCUAAGAAUGAUACCAAGGCAGAAACUUAAGAGCACAUACUCACGGGGCUCAAUAUACAUGCAAGCGGGGGCAGAUUACGUCCGACAUCUUUCAUCAUUUCUGAAAGCCAGCAUAAGUUCUUUUGGACUGCCCUCACUUUCAGUGAUGUCAGAAGAGCCACUAUCGUGCUUACUCCACCUGAAGAGUUGCAGAGAAGACACUAUGGAUGAGCCAGGUUCUGCUGUUUGCUUGCUACCUGGAACUGGUGACUACCAUGUAUUUUUUCCAGAAAGCCAAGGAGAUGCUCUUUCGGUGGAAAUCCAGGAUACAAAAAAAUGUGUUCAAGGUCGAGCCACGAUUGCAAUUUCAUCCUUGACUGACAACCCUAGUGACAGAAUACGAUGGUGGCCAAUUUUCCAUGAUGAUCAUGAAUGCGUUGGGAAGAUCCAGCUCUCCAUUGGGAGCACAAUUACGUUUGAUGAGACUAGCCAUGUAAAGAGUGGACCUGUUGUAGAAACUCUUGCUUAUGACUUAUUGCUGGAGGCGGCUAUGCGUGCACAGAAUUUUCAUUCCCGAAACUUGCGGUUACAUGGACCUUGGAAGUGGUUGUUGACAGAAUUUUCUGACUACUAUGGAGUGUCAGACUCAUAUACUAAGCUAAGACAUCUCUCACAUGUCAUGAAUGUGGCUACUCCUACGAAACAUUGCUUGGAGCUUGUGCACGAGUUGCUUGAUUCCAUUAUCAAGGCUAGAAGUGAGAAAAGUUUAAGUCGACAGGAGAAAAGCAUAUUGUUGAACUGUGAAACACAAAUUGAGAGUCUCCUGGCAAUUGUUUUUCAAAACUACAAGUCACUAGAUGAAGCCUCUCCUACAGGUCUGGCAGAUUUGUUUGUGACAACUUCUGAGAUUGCUGCGCCAGCUCUUGCUCCUGCUGUUCAAAUAUACACUCUUCUUCAUGAUAUACUUGCUCAAGAUGCACAAACAAUGUUGAGAAACUAUUUGCAGGCAGCAGCAGCAAAGAGGUGUCGAAAACACAUGAUGGAGACUGAUGAGUUAGUUGCAAGCAACACUGAGGGUUCCCUUAUGGACCUGAUGACUAUUUCUACAGCAUAUCUGAAAAUGAAGAACUUAUGUAUAAACAUGAGCAAUGAAAUUCAGGCUGAUAUCAAGAUCCAUAACCAGCACGUAUUCCCCAGCUCAAUAGAUCUGUCAAACAUCACUGCUGCUGUUUACAGCGCCGAGUUGUGCAACAGGCUUAGAUGUUUUCUUGCUGCAUGGCCUCCAUCUAGCCCAUUGCCACAUGUAAAUGAACUGUUGGUAGCAGCUGCUGAGUUUGAAAGAAAUCUUGAAUUGUGGAAUAUGAGUCCAGCGCAGGGAGGUGUAGACUCAAGGACCUUGUUCCACAAUUACAUAAUGGUGUGGGUAGAGGAUAUGCAACUCAACUUGCUUGAACUUUGCAAGGCAGAAAAGGUUCCAUGGUCUGGAGUAACUACAAAUCAUUCUACCACACCAUUUGCAGAGGAAAUUUAUGGGAAAAUCAAAGGCAACCUUAUUGAGUACGAAGUACUGAUCAAUCGGUGGCCGCAAUAUUCCCUGAUUUUAGAGAAUGCGGUUGCAAAUGUGGAAAGAGCAAUCAUAAAAGCACUGGAAAGGCAAUAUAGUGAUAACUUGACUCCUUUGAAGGACAGCAUUCCAAAAAGGCUGAAUAUGCAUGUUCAGAAGCUAGCAAGAAGACAGUCAGCGACACUUUAUUAUGCUCCUGCUCAAUUGGGAACUUUUCUGAACACCAUCAAGAGAAUUCUUGAUGUUUUACACUGCAGAGUGGAGGAGAUCUUGAAGUCUUGGGCAUCCUAUAUGCCUGCCACCGGAGAUAGGAAGUCCCUAUUUGGGGAGCAGAUGAAUGGAGUAACUGUUCUGUUGAGAACUAAAUACAAAAAUUACGCGCAAGCAACAGUUGGAAAGCUCAUUAGCAAUAUGCAAGUUAACCGAAGCACGCGGCUUAAAAGGGUUCUAGAGGAAAUAAAGGAAGCAGAUGGAGAGGCUGAGAUCCGCGAGAAAAUGCAAAUGUUGAGUUCCCAACUCAUUGAAUCCAUAUCAAAUCUGCAUGAAGUCUUUGCGAGUAGGAUUUUUGUUCAAAUAUGUCGUGGAUUAUGGGAUGCAAUGGGACAGACCGUACUGAGUUUUCUGGAGGGCAGGAAAGAAAACCGAGUCUGGUAUAACGGAUCAUAUUAUGCUCUUGGGAUUUUGGACGACACAUUUGCUUCCCAAAUGCAGCGAUUACAAGGGAACUCCUUGCAAGAGAAAGACCUCGAUCCCCCUCGUGCAGUGAUUGAAGCCCGAUCAAUUCUUUGCAGGGACACGACGAAUGCAAUAGAUCCAACCACUUAUUUCUACAUUUAGUGAAAUGGAGGCCAUCUAGUUAGGCCUCUGGAUUAGAUUAAAUUAUUUGUGAUUUGUUAUCAUAUUCUUUUUGUAAAUGUAAAUAUAUGCAAUUCUUCUAAAAUUUGAUAUAAAUAAAAGAAAUAAAGCUCUCAUGAGAUGGUUCUCAUUUCUUUGUUC